AUGGCUGCUUCAGAUUCUGCGUCCGAGUCCAGGGGUGCGGUCGCCAUUGCAGUUAUGGCGACCCUGUCGUCGAUCUCUCUUAUCGUGGUAUCCCUGCGAGUUUAUGCCCGGGCCAUCAUGCUGAGAAACUUUGGUGUCGAUGACGCAUACGUUAGAAAUGGCCUUGGCUCUCAUAUAUCUACACUUUCUGGCGAACAGAUCAGCAAUUUCUUAAGGAUGUUCUACUUCUCAAGCGUCGUUUACAACGUCACCCUGGCAGUCAUUAAGACAGUCUUUCUCCUCCAGUACUACCGAGCGAUACCUGUACGCCAGUAUAAGAAGACGUACAUCGCGUCCGUCGUCCUCGUCACUUGCUGGAGUCUCUCCCAGAUCUUUCUCAACACUUUUAUGUGCUGGCCUAUCGCAUCCUUUUGGGAUGUCACGAUCAAGGGCACGUGUAUUCUAAACAAAUCUUCUUUUUAUGUCAGCGCGGCGGGUAAUAUCUUGACGGACAUCCUCAUCAUGGUCCUCCCGAUUCCUGUUCUUCGUAGUCUGAAGCUCGGUCGGCGUCAAAAGUGGAUUCUUAUGUCCGUCUUUUGCCUCGGUAUAUUUACGUGUCUUAUCUCGCUCGUUCGUAUCAAGUUCCUCAACAUUGGCACGGAUAUCACAUGGCAUAAUGUCGAAUCAGCAUCUUGGUCAGUCAGCGAGUUGUGCUGUGGCAUCAUCUGCGCUUGCGUUCCAACUCUCCAACCUCUGCUGUCAGGCCAUGACCGCGGUUCUAGCCAUAACCAGUCUUCGUAUGCACGACAUGAAAACUCGAGGACCAAUGCCGCGGCUCGCCAAACAGGACGCUUCAUUCGUCCGAGAUACGUACCGAUAUCGACCAAAAGAGAAGCCGACCGCAUCCAGGACAUGGUUCAGAAACGCACCGCGUGA